CGAAGUUGCACCAUUCGUGAGGAUGGACGCUUCGAAGUACGAUUCACUCAGCCCGGCAGAGAAGGAGGCGCACGAUGCUGCGGAGCGAAGGCGCGAAGCUGAGGAGCAGGCCGCCCUGCCUUACCGCUGGACGCAGGCUUUGGACCAUGUCGAGGUGACACUACCACUCCCCGCGGGCACAAGGGCUAAACAGCUCGAUGUAGCCAUCAAGCGCGCCUCCUUGCGGGUAGGCCUGAAAGAUGGCGAAAAGACCGUCCUCAUGGCCGGCGAUCUUCCCAAUCCCGUCCAGCUCGACGAUUGCACCUGGUCAGUGGAUAGCGCUGCCUCCUCGUCCACCCUCACCAUCCACCUAGAAAAGGCCAAGCAGACCUGGUGGCCUCAUGUCCUCACCUCCGACCCCAAGAUCGACACGACGAAGAUCGUGCCCGAGAACAGCAAGCUGAGUGAUUUGGAUGGCGAGACGAGGGCUAUGGUGGAGAAGAUGAUGUUCGAUAAUCGACAGAAGGAGAUGGGCCUGCCCACCAGUGAUCAGCAGAAGCAGAGUGAGAUCUUCGAGAAGUUCAAGCGCGAACAUCCGGAGAUGGACUUCAGCCAGACGAAGGUGGGGGGUAGCUUCGGUGGGGACUUUGGCCAGUAAUGAAUAGACGAUAUCCAGAUCAUAGCAACAAUCCUCGCCCGUGCGAGCCUCGAUCCGCUCACUUGGAAGCCCAAGCCUUGCCCACACCAUGCCGCCUCAAACUGCCUCCCACUGCCCCACCCAUCUGAUACUUUGCCUUGAACGCCUCAUGCUUAACAUUCUCUGCCAACUUCCUAUCCUGCCUAUACCCAAUGUCCUUGGCUUCGACACUACUCUCUGCAGCCUUGAGUCUAACAGGCCUACUCCCAAUG